AACAUAGACUAACAUUUUACUGACGACGUUCUGGGCUACACGAUGCACUUCUCCAUCCUCGCCUUAUAUUUGGCUUUGGCGGCCGCCGCAACAAUUCCUCAAGAACUUCCAAGAGACUCUGUUGAUCUUCAUCAUCUUGUAGCGCGCCAAUCAUGCGGAUAUCCUUCUAUUUGCCCCGGCGGUUGCGGAACCUGCUAUCAGAACACCAAUGUCUGUUGUCCUCGGGAUAGCAACAAGUCAUGCUUCCAGUUCUCAUGCUGAAGAAUCUCUCUUCUGGGAUUAGGGGCUGAGACACUGUGGUGAUGGCAUACUGGGCGGAAUAAUACAUGAAGAGGCUGUUUACAACAGGGCUAUGUCUGUAUUAAGAGGCUCAGCACCUUCCAGGAUAGCGCUUUACUACAUGUAUUUGAUUAUAUUGUGUUUAGCGUUGGAAAAGUCAAGAGAAAACGUGCAGGUGGAGUCUACCCGUGAAGACAAAUACACAUCAAGUAGGUACACGUGUGAAAAAGACCUCAUAGAUUAAGUAGGCGCUAAAAGUAUUACCACCAGGACUAUCUACUGAAAACCUAGCUACUAAACUGUAUUAUAUGACCUGGUUGGAACAGCAAAGGCUGAUAAGGAGUAAUAGGCAGGUACCAUGGUGUUA